AUGACAAGUCUGGAAGAGCUCGAGAACCAGUGCCUACCAAUUAGUAAGUUGAAGAAAUAUGCAACAGAAUGGGUGAUUAAAGUCUUAGUCAUUCGACGGAGUUUAACAAAAGAGUAUAAAAAUGCAAACGGUGAGGGUAUUCAUUGGCAACUGAUAUUAGUCGACGAAGAGGGUACAAAAAUACAAACGACUCUUUUCAACAAAGAUGUUCAUGCAUGGAACAAGUCUUUUCAACUUAAUCAAAGUUACUACAUUAUAAAUGGAAAAUUAAAUGGAGCUAAGCCAAACUUCUUAUCUGUGCAUAAGGACCUCGAACUAGCAUUUAUGAACAACACAGAUGUCGUUGAGGACAAAAGCCAAUUUAAGACUGAACAAUUUUCGAAUGGAUUUAUUUCAUUUGAUGAAGCUGAAAAAAUCACUAAUGGGAGUUUGUUCGGAGAUUUUGUCCUUUCCACGACUCCUGUUAGUAGUUUGCUAAUAAAUCCACAAUUUGAAAAAGCAAACAAUCUCCAAGAAUGGAAUGACAACAUGAAGGCACAAAAGAUUGACUUAAGUCUAAUGCCAAGCAGACUAAUGCAAACAGCCCGCCAAGUGAAAAUUACUAAUAUUUUAAACGGUUCACUUGCCAUUGUGAAGGACAUGUACUAUAAGUUCAAUGCUAUGGUUUCCGGCAUUGACAAUAACACCGACCCAUGGUAUCAUGCUUGCAAGAAAUGCUACAAGCGAGUUACUGUUAUAAAUAGUAAUGCAACUUGUACCUACUGUAGGACUGAAGAUAUUGAUUAUGAGGCGAGAUAUCGGUUAAAGAUUGAUGUCACUGAUGAGGAUCAAUUUCUAAGGAUUACAUUGUUUGAUGCUGCAAAAUACUUUUUGGGUUCUCACGUAAAAGACUAUGUUCUCUCUACAUCUGAAAAGAAAGAAGAAUCAGAAUACUAUCGUAAGUUGGUAUUGAGUAAGGGGAAAGAAUUCAGUAUCCUUGUGAAGAUUGAUCGUAACUUUCCAAAUGUUGAGGCAAACAUGAAUGUGAUAGCUAUGGAGAUACAUGAGGUUCCAAAAAAAAAAUGCAGCAGAUCAAACCAAGGUUAA